AUGCCUCUCCUAUCAAAACCCCCUUCAUCAGUCAUCAUAAUUGGUGGCGGGUUCUCUGGACUGGCGAUGGCAUGCCAGCUCCAGCGAACCUUGGACUUGGACGACUAUGUUAUUUACGAUCGGAACAGUGGUAUUGGAGGAACCUGGUGGGCAAACACAUGUUCGUUCAUCCCUCCGCCUGAAUUCUCCCUUUGUUUAUCAAGUGCUAAUAGAGACUUGUGUGCCAUGGAACAGAUCCAGGAUGUGGAGUUGAUGUUCCGGGGAUUUGCUAUAGUCUUUCACUAUAUGCACCGGGUGGCCAGUCAUUAUGGGGUCUCUGACCACUUCACUGGAAAUACGGAAUGGGAGGGGGCGGACUGGCAGGAUGAGAAACAGCUGUGGCUCGUGAGAUUGAAAGAUCUACAGACAGGAGACCAGUUUACGCAAGAGUGUCGGAUCCUCAUUUCCGGCGUCGGGGCCCUUGUUAAUCCCCGAACGAUGGACGUAGAGGGCUCUGAGACGUUUCAGGGUAGCAUUAUACAUACCGCCCAAUGGCAACACAGCGUUGAUCUUCGCGAUAAGCAUGUCUCUGGGGAAUAUUCUGACAGCUCAAUAGCAUCUGCAUUACAGCUGGUUCCAGAGAUAGCAAAAGAAGCCAAGUCGGUCACGCAGUUUAUGAGGAGCCCACAACACCUCGUCGAGAGCUCAAACUACGCGAUUUCGCCAUUUUGGCGAUUCAUGUUUCGCUACUUUCCAAUCACUCUCUAUCUUGCUCGAUUUGUGAUGUUUAUUUACAUGGAAGAAUCCUUCCUCCACUCACAACCCAGUAGGCCAGGGCGCUUAUCGAGGGCUAAUUCUGAACGACAAAGCCGAGAGUAUGUGCAGAGAACAGCUCCUAAAAAGUACUGGGACCUUUUAACUCCCACUUUCGAUUUCGGAUGCCGUGUGGGUAUUUCUACAUCUCUUCUCUCAGCCUGUACUGAAACGAUCCUACAGAGACGUAUUUUCGACCGGGCAUACGCUGCGAGUCUGCACCAAGAUAACCUCACUCUCACGAAUGACCCCAUCGUGAAAAUCAAACCCACCGCCAUCGUGACCGGCUCAAAAGAAGAGGUUUAUACCGAUGUCAUUGUUCUCGCCACUGGAUUUGACUUGUCGCAAUAUGAUAUUGAAAUCAAAGGUCGUCAUGGAAAGACACGCGAGCAACACUGGCAAGAGGCAGAAGGAAAAGCCACCUUUAAAACAGUAGCGAUGAGCGGAUUCCCGAACUUUUUCUAUAUUCUCGGACCAAACUCGGGCCGCAUCUACACUUCGACCCUCGCCAUGAUUGAAAGUCAAGUUGAUCUGGUGAUCAAUGCCAUUCGUCCAAUCAUACUACGCCAUGCGUCAUCGGUUGAAGUGAGGACCGGCAGAGAUAAGCAGUAUCAAGACAGUCUGAAUCACGCACUGGACAACACCAUUUAUAAUCGGUCCUGCUCUGGUUAUUUCUUUGAUGAGGGUACGGGAAAGAAUUGGUUCAUAUAUCCAUGGGACUCUGUUCAUUUGUGGUGGGAGAUGUAUUGGAAUGCGGAAGCUGGCUGGGAAUAUCACACAUGA